GCUCAUACCACCUUUCCCCAUUUUACCACUCAUUCUCAAGCAAUUUCUUGUUUUUUGUUCAAUAUCAUUUUUACAUUUCUUUACGAAAAUGUGGUUGUCUCGUGUAUGCAGAGAACUCAGGAUUUCUUCACAGUCCAGGCUUCUUAUAAUUAGCAUGCUCAAGCAAUUUGGCCUCGCUAUAUUGACUUGCAUUUUUGCAUUAGUGGCAGGCGCAAUCACGGCCGUUGAAUUGUUGGACCUCCUAUCCAAUGGAGAGCCAUUUUCCAAGUUUGAUAAACGGGAAGAUAUUUAUGGAAUGGGUGAGCCCUGCAGUACUCAAAGCUUACCAGUGGCAGGAUUUAAAGGAUGGAGAAUUUAUAAGAUUACUGCCCAAUUGUGGGCAUUUAUUCCACUCUCACUGCAUCGACGCAUGGCUCACCAGACAAGGAAACUGCCCAAUGUGCAGAAAAAAUGUCUGACCACUUAAGGAGAUUGGUGAAUGAACGGAACAAAUCCAGAAAGAAAUUGUAAUAAAAUGGACAGUAUGGGAAAGAAAUAUGGUGAAAGCAAUAUUUGCAAGUGGGCCCCAUAAGCCCCUGGUUUUGGGUUUUUGUGUAUUGUUACAAACUGUGGGUGCAUGCGCCGACAUAAUUGUAGCUACUAUAUUUGUGAUAUUACGUUAAAAAGUGAAAAUGUGAUAGAUUGCGACUUGGGUGUCUGUAGAGAAAGCAUUCUCUAUAUUCUUUCUUUUCUCUCUAGUUUUAUAACACAUUGUCAGCACGAGUCUGUGUCCUCUAGAGCUCGAUUUAUAA